AUGGCCUCCGAGGUCCUCACACAUGACAUCGCACCCUCGCACUCUCUGGCGGGCGGGCAGCCGAUCGCCCCACUAACGAACGGCGUGAAACGUUCCUUCACGCAUCUGGACGAAGAUAAGUACUGGGAUCCAAGUUUUAUGAGCCUCCCUUCCUGUGAUACCGACUCCUACUACUAUCCGCAUGCCGUCAAGACGGAAGAUGGCGACCUUCCUGCCUCCACAUAUGGGGGAAACUGGGGUUCUAAAACUCUCAAUCACGCCAAGUGGGUACGCAGAGGCAAAAUGACGGCCUGGGGACCAUGGAUGGAGGACUGGGAGUCUGAAGACCGGGCAAGAAAGCGUCUCAAACAAAUGCUUGCAACAGAAGAAGAGCAAGACGGGCCCUUGACCCUUUCUCACCUUCGGUCCCCGUCUCCUCCCCUUACCGCUCCGUACCCUCAUCCGAACACCCAGCACCUGUCCUAUACCUCGUUCGUGAUGGACAAGGCUACUACGCACUCUUUCCGUUCUCGUGUUUUUGAUGAACUCGAGGACUCGACCAACACGUUGAUCGAAGGCGAAAGCACGCUACGGAGGGCGUUGGGUAGAUUGUGGCAGGUGAUGAAUGAGUCCCCGCAGGAAGACGAGGACACUCGAGGCUCUGUGAUUCCCAAACGCGAAGACGAGGACGGAGAUCCGCACGAGUCGGACAACCGGUUUGCGCGGGCACCUGACCUUACCCCCGCAGUCAACAAGCUUUUCCUAUCUACAGACCAGCAACCACCGAUAUUCGAACAUUCUCGGACGCGCAUGGACAUGCAAAUGGACGCUCUAGAGAAAUCGUUGGCGACUCUCCGCGAGCUCCAAGAUGACGGACGAGAAUACGGAGAGCGGCUGGAGGAGAUUCGGGAAGGGCUGGGUGAGGUGAGGACACAGAGGGGCGGGGUUUGGGAUUUGGUGAGGAGAAAAGCGAUACAGGAACUGCAGGAAGCCGCGUCUUUGACCGCCACGGGUGUAUCCUAG